UCGCUAAGUGCUACCUUUUUCUUUCCCCCGCCGAGCCCUUUAAAACUGGCCCCGCCUCUGUGACACGUUCUGGAGCUGCGGCCAAUCAAAACGGCCACUCAGGUGACACUAUCCCCUUCCUCUUGCGGCCGGUUCGCCUCCCGCCCGGGUCACGCGCUCUGGGGCCAAUGGGAAGGGCCAGCUGUGAGGUCCUGCGAGAUCACGUGGAGGAAGGUUGCGGAGAGGAACAGGGGUGGAUCAGGGCUUUAAAGGGUCCGGGUCAGCUGACUGACUCUCACCCUGUGUAUGUAGUCCAGUGGCCAGCGUCGCUGCAGCCGAGGGAAGAGAUGACAGGGGAGAGGCCGGGCGCAGCGCUCUUAGGCAGACUCCGGGGACCGCGAAUGCUGGGCUUCUGGGGAGACUGUGGGGUUCAGGUGUUUGCUGCGAUCUUCUUGCUGCUGUUGUCUGUGGCAGAAUUCGAGACUAGGGCUGAGGAUGACUUCGAUCUGGUGCAACCACUGGUGACUAUGGAGCAACUGCUGUGGGUAGGCGGGAGACAGAUAGGCUCAGUGGACACCUUCCGCAUUCCGCUCAUCACAACCACUCCUCGGGGCACUCUCCUCGCCCUUGCUGAGGCCAGAAAAAUGUCCUCAUCCGAUAAAGGGGCCAAGUUCAUUGCCCUGCGGAGGUCCACAAACCAAGGCAGCACAUGGUCCCCUACAGAGUUCAUUGUAGAUGAUGGGGAGACUCCAGAUGGACUGAACCUUGGGGCAGUGGUGAGCGAUAAUGAGACAGGAGUGGUAUUUCUUUUCUACUCCAUCUGUGCUCACAAGGAUGGCUGCAGUGUGGCCUCCACCAUGAUAGUAUGGAGCAAGGAUGAUGGCGUUUCCUGGAGCCCACCCCGGAAUCUUUCCCUGGAUAUUGGCACUGAAGUGUUUGCCCCUGGACCAGGCUCUGGCAUUCAGAAACAGCGGGAGCCGAGGAAGGGCCGUCUCAUCGUGUGUGGCCAUGGGACACUAGAGCGGGAUGGAGUCUUCUGUCUCCUCAGUGAUGACCACGGUGCUUCCUGGCGCUAUGGGAGUGGGGUCAGCGGCAUCCCCUUUGGCCAGCCCAAGCGGGAAAAUGAUUUCAACCCCGAUGAAUGUCAGCCCUAUGAGCUCCCAGAUGGCUCAGUCGUUAUCAAUGCCCGAAACCAGAACAACUACCACUGCCACUGCCGGAUUGUCCUCCGCAGCUAUGAUGCCUGUGAUACACUGAGACCCCGUGAUGUGACCUUUGACCCUGAGCUUAUAGACCCUGUGGUAGCUGCAGGAGCUGUAGCCACCAGCUCUGGCAUUAUCUUCUUCUCCAACCCAGCCCAUCCAGAGUUCCGAGUGAACCUGACCCUGCGCUGGAGCUUCAGCAAUGGUACUUCCUGGCGGAAAGAGAAGGUCCAGCUAUGGCCAGGGCCCAGUGGGUACUCAUCCCUGGCAGCCCUGGAGGGCGGUGUGGAUGGAGAGCAGCAGGGCCCACAGCUCUACGUCUUGUAUGAGAAAGGCCGGAACCACUACACAGAGAGCAUCUCUGUGGCCAAAGUCAGUGUCUAUGGGAUACUCUGAACUGAGCUCCUGCCACAGAGUUAGAAGGCCCUUGACUCACCCUAUAGGACCAUGGGUCUGCAGAAGGUCUGCUGGAGAUGUCUAAAAGAGAGUCCCAUCUUCCUUUAGACACUAGAGUUUUACAAACUCAGCUUCCCUUUAGGGAAAUCACUUCCGUUAGGACUAAAAGCCCAGCUUUCUCUCCACAUGGGAAGCCCUGGGAACCCUUCCUUUCCACAUAGUUCCACAGUAGCCACUGACCCUUUCUGCCCCGCCAGGACGUUGAUUGGUCCUGUGAUGGGCAGGCUAAUGGGCCUGUGGAAUUGAAUGAAUGUGAACUCAGGGAACAGAGGAGCUUCCUCUAUAGGGUUGGGGGAAGAUACUGAUUUUGAAGAGGACUGGAGGGCAGGUGAAAGUCCCUGGAGGGCAGGAUAUUUGGUUUCAGAGUUAGGAAGUAGGUGCACCACCCUCCUUGACUAUUUAUGAACCCAAAUGUUUGUAACUUAAAAUUUUUAAUGAAAGAGAAUGAACAUUUGGAGAGUCUCUGUGGUUCAGUCAAUGCACAUCUUUGUGUCUAUUUUCCUCAAAAUGUAUUUGUGAGGCCGGGAAUGAGUUUAGGGGAAAGAGCUGGUGUCUUACUGCCUAGGAAAUUCUGACCUUGGCAAAUCGAAUUCUCUUUUCUCUUUGACUCUUUCUUACAGAAAAACAGGUUGCUAGUCAUAGGUAUAAUGAGGAGUAGAAGGGGAGAUAAGUUUGUGGGGUUUUUUGAGACAGUCUCACUUUGUCACCCUUGGAAGACUGCCAUGACAUCAUAGCUCACAGCAACCUCAAAUUCUUGGGCUCAAGUGAUUCUCUUGCUCAGCCUCCCAAGUAGCCGGAACUGCAGGCACCCGCCACAAUGCCCAGCUAUUUUAGAGAUGGGACUUGCUCUGGCUCAGGUUGGUCUCCAAUGUGUGAGCUCAAGCAAUCCACCAACCUCAGCCUCCCAGAGUGCUGGAAUUAUAAGUGUGAGCCACCACGCCUUUAAAAUCUCUGUUUUACAUUUCACUGUCCUCUGUGAAACAGGGAGCAGGUAUGUAAAACGCAGCUGAGGGCCUAUCCCAGGCUGGUCUGGCCGAGAAGUGAGCCCUUCCUACAGCAAAUUACAUGAGCUAAUAGCCCAAAGAUGGAUACUU